UAAUCAAGCUGGCAACACUCACAAACCGCCAUAUUUUGUUUGUAGUUUUGAGGUUAAGAUCUAUAAAGCGACGCCAGUUUUGUUUUUGUUAAAAAUAUAAAAACAACCAAAGAAUAAACAUGAAAUUAGUAAGAUUUUUGAUGAAAUUGAGUCACGAGACGGUCACAAUCGAACUAAAGAACGGUAGUGUCGUUCAUGGUACCAUCACCGGUGUCGAUGUAGCAAUGAACACACAUCUUAAAGCAGUCAAAGUAACAUUAAAAAACAAAGAGGAGUUGCAGUUAGAAACUCUGAGCAUACGCGGAAACAAUAUUAGAUAUUACCUCCUUCCAGACAGCUUACCUUUGGAGACGUUACUUAUCGAUGAUGCUCCAAAGGGUAAGGGUAAACGAGAAGGGUUCCCGCGCGGCAGCACGAGAGGCGGCAGAGGAAGAGGUCGAGGUGGUCGCGGAGGUCCAAGAGGAGGUCGUGGAGGCCGCGGUCGUGGACGUCGAUAAUUACCAGUGUUCUCUAGAUCAUAAGUUUCAUAUGUGAUUACAGUAUAUUCCUUCGUAAAAGUGUUUUAUUUUCAAUUCAGUGACUGUAUAAAUCAAGUGUAAUCGUAAGGUAACUUAAACUAAAUAGUUAUUUAAUAACCUACAUUAAAACUCAGAUAGUUUGAAUUUAUGUCAAGUUUUCUAAUGUGUAUACAUUUUGUAAGACCAUUUAAAUAUAUAAAAAAAUAAAGUAAUCCUAAUUUUACAAGAAAGUUUCUUUCCAAUGUCACCAUGAAGAAACUAUAAUUUCGUAGCAGACUUAAAUGCUUUUUAAUGGGAAAAAAAUUAUUUGUUUUGGUGACUUAAAAGUUCAAUUUAUAGUUAGGUUAAAAAAACCUAUAGCUUAAGGUAAAAAUUUGUACCCAAAUUUUUAAAAAGGUUAAUAAUAAUAUAGAACAUUUUUGUUACAUACUAAUAAUUUUAAAUAAAUAUAACACAAAUGA